CCACAGGCUGGACAUCAUCAUGAGCAGAAAGACGCGGCGCUGGAUCUUCCACAUGUUCCUGUGCCUGGGGAUUGUGUACAUGAAGAUCGGGGGCUUCUCGUCCGUCGUGGCUCUGGGGGCCAGCAUCAUCUGCAACAAGAUCCCAGGCCUGGCUCCCCGGCAGCGGACGAUCUGCCAGAGCCGCCCAGACGCCAUCAUUGUGAUCGGGGAGGGGGCGCAGAUGGGGGUCGAUGAGUGUCAGUUCCAGUUCCGACACGGGCGCUGGAAUUGCUCGGCCCUGGGGGAGAGGACCGUGUUCGGGAAGGAGCUCAAAGUGGGCAGCAAGGAGGCGGCGUUCACGUACGCCAUCAUCGCCGCCGGCGUGGCCCACGCCAUCACGACCGCCUGCACCCAGGGCAACCUGAGCGACUGCAGCUGCGACAAGGAGAAGCAGGGCUUCUACAACCAGGAGGAGGGCUGGAAGUGGGGCGGCUGCUCGGCCGACAUCCAGUAUGGCCUCAACUUCUCCAAGGUGUUCGUGGACGCGCGGGAGAUCAAGCAGAACGCCCGUACGCUGAUGAACCUGCACAACAACAAGGCGGGACGCAAGAUCCUGGAGAAGAACAUGCGUCUGGAGUGCAAGUGCCACGGAGUAUCUGGUUCCUGCACCACCAAAACAUGCUGGACGACGCUGCCCAAGUUCCGCCAGAUCGGAUACAUCCUGAAGGAGAAGUACCACCAGGCGGUGCACGUGGAGCCGGUGCGCGCCAGCCGCAACAAGAGGCCCACCUUCCUCAAGGUGAAGAAGCCCUACUCAUACCGCAAGCCCCUGGACACGGACCUGGUGUACAUCGACAAGUCGCCUAACUAUUGCGAGGAGGACCCGGCCACGGGCAGCGUGGGAACCCAGGGCCGUGUGUGCAACAAGACGGCGUCGCAGGCCAACGGCUGCGACCUCAUGUGCUGCGGACGUGGCUACAACACACACCAGUACUCGCGUGUCUGGCAGUGCAACUGCAAGUUCCUGUGGUGCUGCUACGUCAAGUGCAACACUUGCAGCGAGAGGACAGAGGUGUACACGUGCAAGUGACCGCGAGAGCGUCCCGCGCCGGCGAUUGCUUUAUCGACAGGGUUUCGCUUCGGCCGCCGCGGACGUCACGGAAAAAGGAGGGAAAACAAAAAAAUCAUCUGCGGACGACUCCCUCGUCCGAUCAGCAUCCCGCACGCAGCGCGUCUUUCUCCUCGAUGUGCGGGGAAUCGGUGCAGGAGUCCGGGUGCAGGGUUUACGGGACUGACCGAGGACAAAUCUGACCCGCUGGGCAGAGCGGGAAGGAAGUCGUCCGGGGGAUUCGUCCUCGCAGCGUGACGGAGGGCCGAUGGACACGAUGCCAUUAGCCCUGGCACAAGGCCCUGGGCACGAGGGUUAAGUUCGCCCUCGAGGACCAGCACUGUGGAUUGUGCAGCCCACGUCUGUGGCUGGGGGAUUAUUUUAUUUUUUUCUAAUUUUUUCCUUUUGCUCCUGCUGGUUCGAUGGGACCGCCCGUCUUCCGAAACCCACUCUUCAAUCCCUGACCACUCAACCACGGAUCCCUUUCUGAUACUCAUCACUAAUCCUCAGCAUCCUCGUGGAUGGAAGCUGUAGAGAUACUUUUGGCAUGAAUUUUAAUAAGCAGUAAUUGCAAUAUUUAACUUUUUUAUUUAGAUGCGAAAACUAAUAUUAAUUUAUUUAAGUAAACUACUGAUUUCUAUUUCCAUUUCUCUCCUUGCAGGACUGUUCUGUACAGAGUAGAUGUAGUAAGCUUUUCCUCUGGAGUAUUUUUUUGGGUGUUUGUCGAUGGCGACGGAACAACAGCACAUACACACGAAAGAAAGAUACACUGGAAUUAUAUAUGAAACCUUCUAACUACUGUAAUAUAAUAUGGUGGCAAAUUAUAUUAUUACAGGUCAAAAUGUAGAGAUUGUUUUAGAAAGAUUUUUUUUUUCCCCCCUUUGUUUGCUGCUAGUUGUCUGGAAAAAUCAAACUGGCUGUGAUUAACGCGCAACAGCAUAGAUUCGGUUAACUGACAACAGUAACUCCAAGCUAGUUUAUUCUUAACGGAACCAGAAGCAAAGUUGAUCAUCCAGACUAAUUUCCCCAGCUGCGGGAAACCUUAGUUCAGAGAGUAUAUUUUGUAAGAGAUUAUUUUUAUAUGGAUAUUUUAUUUAUAUUAUUUUGUGUAUAAUUCAGUAUAACGCCACCCCUUCCUUAAAUUUAUUGCAGUGCGCAAGAAGAGUUCAGCAAAGUUUGGACUUUGAGAAACGAGAUCUGUGGUUUGAAUUGUUAGGAAUUAACAUGCUAUGAAACAGCUGCACCAGAUGAGUCUUUAUCUACAUACAAAUUCCUUUUUGUUUACUUCAGAACAGCUGAACAUUCAGUACAAGAGCAGGGUAUUUAGUAUCAGUUCUCUCUAAUGGCCCGGUUCUAGUGCCGGCAUUAAUUUCUUUUAAUGGUAACCCUUAAAACUGUAAUUGUAAAGGAAACAAUAUAUUAUAAUGUGUCCCUGGGGUGUCAGCUGGAGCUAUAAAACUGAAAUCUCAAGAUUGGGUUCUGUCAUCAUGAAGAGUGUAAGACUGAUUGAAAACUGCCACGAUUUCCACCGGCCAAACAUUUGUGAGCAACACAGGUUUGACCAAAGACCAGCAAAUGUGGAAUAUUUCUUUUAUAAAGAAAGUUGAGAUGCAUAUUAUUUGAACAGAUUUUAAAAAAGAGAA